UCGCGUUAUGAAUAUGAAGAAGUAAUGAAAUUAUGUUUCAGACCUCUGCAGGUGCUACUGGAUAUAGAGAUGGAGUCGGUGAGGUUCAUGCCACGGAUAGCUCCAUCACUUCCGGUUGACCCGGAAACGCCGGAUCCGGCCUACGCGAUGGAACACGCGAGUGAGAAUUUCAUCACGUGUGAACUUCUGUUAGGGACGACGACCACUGAAAGUUACAACGAUUUCAAUGCCAACGAUAUACAGUACGGUUUCGAAGAGGAUCAGCGCAAUAGGAUCUUGAGGACGUAUAUUAGGAACGCAUACGUUUACCAUCUAAACGAGAUCUUCAGCGCCGUUAGGAACGAGUACACGGAUUGGGAUAAACCCAUCCAGCAUCCCAUUAACAUCAGGGAUUCGACGAUGGAAGCUUUGAGCGAUGGACACACGGUUUCACCCUUGAUCCGAGUCGGAUAUUUGCACGCGAGGCGCGGAGCCAAAACAUUCCUGUUUCACUUCGGAUACCAAACCAAAGAGAGCGAUUAUCCGCAGAGACUGGGGAGCGUGCGCGGCGAAGAUCUUACAUACCUGUUAGGUUUACCGCUGGUGGGUGGGUUGCCUAACUUCCCUCAGAACUUCAGCAGACAGGAUAUGGGGGUGGCGGAGGCGGCCCUAAAUUUCCUUAGUAACUUCGCGAAGAGUGGCGAUCCGAACGGCCCGGGAUUGAGCAAAGCCGCAGACAUCCCCGACUACGGGACGGCACGCGAGAAGACGCGCUACAAGGGCAUCAACUGGGACCCCUACGAAGUGGGCAGCCAAUACUACCUGAGCAUCGCGCUGAAGCCGAAGAUGAGGAGCCAUUAUAGGGGUCACAAGAUGGCCGUCUGGCUGAACUUAAUUCCUCAGCUCCAUCAGCCGGGCGAUGAAGACGUCAGCAUGAGACAUCAUCAUUUCCACGAGAGGGAGCCCCAUUAUUACGCUGGCGCAGUUCGAGCGGAAUCUUUCACGCGUCUUCCGCCACCUUUGCACCCAGCGUCCAUGACAGAUCCGCACGCCAAUCAGGAAGCGGAAUGCGUGCAGACCACUCCCGAUGAGCAACUCCUGGAUUUGGAUGUGGUCGGAGACGAUGAGGAAACUGCGGACACGGAGGAUUCGGAGCUUCUACAGCGUCUGGCCACGCGGCACUACUACAGCUAUACCGCCGCUCUGGGGGUGACCGUCGGAGUGGGAUGUCUUCUGCUCGUGUUGAACAUGCUCAUCUUCGCUGGGAUCUAUUACCAGAGGGAACGCGAUAGACGACGGCAGAACCACGGAGGAAGGCAACCGGCGAGGAUGGCUUCAUCCACGGAGAGCAUCCCCAUGACGACAUGCAGACAAUCGUCACCGCCGCUUGUCUCCGACCGCAAGGAGAAGCCUCCAUGCUACAACACUCUUCAGAAGCAUGACGGAAGCAGUAAAAGGGAAAAGCCCCAACCGCCGGUCCGGACGUCCAGCAACCCGCCGACGUCCGGAACCAUGAAGAAACGGGUCCAGAUCCAAGAGAUCUCUGUAUAGCAUACGGGCGGGGAGUGCUGCCGGCCCCAGAAGCCCGACAUUACUCCCGAUCACGAGCUCUUCGAUUGCGAUCUCGUCUCCGUGCAAUUAUAGGGACUCGACUCGUGCGCCAUCUUUUACAUUGAAUGCUAACCAAUCGCAAACCCUCAAACUAACAAAAAACAAUAGUGAAUCAGUGACUAACGUAAAGUGAAAUGUCGCAGCGUCAUCUGUAUAUAACAAACCGAAACUUACAUAAGGACCUAAAGUGUUUCAAUAGGACAAUUUAUAUUAUCUAAACAAUUGGUCGGCGCGGUUUCGUGUUCACGUGAUUAAAUCAAUUGAAACCAUAUCAAGAAAAUACGUUAGAAGAAAAGAUAAACGUGACUCCCUUGAAAUACGAGCACGAUUUCCGUUUUCAAAGUCUACACAUGUUCCUUUCCCAUCCUACGUCAUCGUGUAUACAGUGUGAUUCUCGAUUCCAUAAUUUCAAUUAAUCUCUAGAAUUCGAUGCACGAUGCGUCAAAGGGAGAACAUUGCCGUGCCAAGAUUAACAUCGCAAUAUUCGAUUUCAAGUUUCCUAGGGUUAAACAAAUUGCACGAAAUCGUCUCAAUUUUCCCCACGCGAGAUUGCAUCUAUUCAUCGCGCAAAAUGGAAUUCCAUUGAAUCACCUCGGCUCAUCGGUUGUAAAUAAAUUAGUUGAUACACUUAGAUCGAUUCCAAUCGCGUUCGAUUUUUGUAAAUUUUCUUGUAACAAUUUCCCUGUACAUAUAAUGUUAGUUGAAUGCGAUCGUGGCGAAUGCGAAUCUUUUAUAAAAUAUACACGUAUUUAUUAACGUACGAACAAAAAACAAUUGUAACUGAAAGAAGAAGAAGAAGUAAAGUAUAUAUGUGGACGAACUAAUACUAUUAACUAAUAAUUAAGACGAAAGUCUUAGACCAUACAAUUUUUUUUUUCUAAACAAAAUUGAAAAAAAAAUGUAAACUCGUAUAAUUAAAGAACUGUAACUAAAGUAAUAAAACAAAUUUCAGAUUAAGCAACUUUGAUCAGUUCUGAAAAUUAUAGUAGACCUCCGAUUACGUGAUUCGUCGCAUGAGUAUGCUCUUCACCGACGCAACAAAAUACAAAUUAAACUGCCAAUAUUUCAAAAACGAUGACACACGUAAAUAAUCGAAUGUGUUUAAUUUUCCUUUCACACUCAUUGUACA